AUGAUUGAUCCAAGAGAUGAGAUUGUUAAUAAAGAUGAUUUACUCAGCGACGAUUCUUCGGAUGAAUUGAAGGAUUUGUAUAAAGAGUUUGAGCUCAAAUAUCAAGCAAUCAAAAAGAAAGAGUUGGAAAAGAAGAAUAAACAAAAUAAAUCGACAAAGCAUGCCCACGAUACAAGCGUUGCACUGGUACCAAGGUCUCCAAGUAAACGGGAGAAGUCAUUUGACCCUCCAGCAGAAACCAAACAUGAAGUUGAUUUGCCUUUGCCAAAAACGAAAAAAGCAUCCGAGUUUUUAUCAAAAUUGUAUGAUGCAAACUUGACAAAAUCUCAGGAAAAAUAUGAAGGCAUUGAUUACAGUUUACGUAAAUUCGAAUUUGAUUUUACAAAUUAUGAAUCAAAACCCAGGGAUGUUGUUGAUGAUUUAUGCCCACUAUCUGGCCUAUCUUUGAGACGAAGAUACUCCUCGAGACAGACUGUUGAUCAACUUAUUACCAAUACAGAUGGCAAUAUGAAAAUCCUUAAAGUUGGCAAGCUAUUGGCGAAAACAAACAAGUCAAACAAUUAUCGCGAGCCAACGUACACCAACUGGUGCCUUGUCGGAUUUGUGUUGCACAAAUCAGAGGUUUUAUUCACGAAAAACGAAAAGAAAUACAUGAAACUAAGAAUUGGUGACUUUCAAAAUAGUGUAGAGUUACUACUUUUUGACGGUGCAUUUGAAAAGAACCAUAAGCUCCAACAAGGUGACUUGAUUUUGGUGCUAAAUCCCAUUGUGAAUAAGUAUGAAUUCAAGGUUAAUGAGCAUGUAUCGAAAACCGGAUUUAAUUUAAAACUCGAUGGAUCAAAUGUCAAUAGCAUUUUGGAGAUUGGUGCAAUUAGAGAUUUUGGAAUUUGUCGAUUUGUGAAAAGGGGGGAUAAUCAAAGAUGUACAAAUGUUGUUGACAUUACGAAGCAACACUUGUGUGACAUUCACUUGGAUAAUAAAUUCAGGCAUAGUACAAGAAUGGAAUUAAAUGGGAUUUCGUUGAGGUCGCCCACAAAGAACAAAACCAAAGUAUUUCUCAAUAUGAACAAGAAUCUGAAUCUGAAAGUUAAUGGGUUUAUUAGCGAAUACAAUGAAGACUCAACUUUUACAACUUCUGGUUCUGGAAAGAUUGACUCAAGAAAAUAUCAAGAUCCAAAGUUGUUGCAAACACAACUAAAGAGAAGAAAAUUGCAAAACGAUCGUGCAAAUGAGUUGUUGGAGAGAAAAUUAUCUAAACUAUCAUCUAGAAACCCCAUCGUUGAAAGUUUGAAUAUGAAACAUCCAACAAAUAAUGAAAAAACUCGACAAGACUCUCUCCCAAAUUAUUUUCCUUCAUCAUUGAUCUCCAAAAUCGGUUUUGACCCCACGAACCAAGACAAUGAUAAAUCUAAACAGACACAUCCAGAACGACUUCAAGAAUUGUACGAGCUAAGUGCAAAGUGUUCAACUAAGAAGUCACUUAUUUCAUCUCUGGAAGAUAAAAGGAGCAAAGCACAAAAGUGGCAGAAAAACAUCAACACUUUGAAAAAGUACGAUUCAAAAUUGAUGCAACUGAAUUUGAAUUUGAGUAAGCCUGUGGUUCAUGAUGUCAGGAAAGCAAUGGUGCUGCCGAAUAGAGUGACAAAGACCAAUCGAGUGGUUUUAAGUGAUGAUGGUAGUGAUAAUAUUAACGAUGACAAUGACGAUGAUGACUUGAACAUAGAUUUUGGUAAUGCUGAUAUGAGAGCUAAGUAUGAAAAAGCAGUAGGUAGAUAA